CCCUUGGUAGGAUGGUAAACAAAAUGGCAGAUAUGAGAGAAAAUCGAUCUGUAUUUUCACCAACACAAAAUCAAGAGAUCCAUUUUAAUAACGAAGAUAAACUCAAGGAUAAAACGAUGGAUUCGGUUCCAGAUAAUGCACAAGUCGCGCCACCAUCUAAUGUAGUGGAGUUAUGUAGAGAAACUUUUAUAAAAACAGCAGAAUAUUUGCGAGGAGAGUUGGAUGGCACUGUUGAAGAUUACAGACUUUUGGAAAGAAUGAACCAAGUUACAAUGAGCAAGUACUCAGAGAUGAAGCAAAUAGCCCUCAGCAUCAGUGGAGCUCUUCAUGACCUCAAUGAGAAAUAUCAAAGUUUGCAGCCCUAUCUAGAACAGAUUGACCAGAUUGAGCUCAGUGUGACAGCUCUUGAACAAGCUGCAUAUAAUCUGGACCAGUAUUCCAAACGUUUAGAGAGUAAAUUUAAAUCAUUGGAAAAGAGAUGAGUCCAAGAGAUCUCAACAAAAAUCCUUAUGUUAGCAGCAGUUGAAUUUGUGUGUUUAGGCUUAGAUCAGUUCUUGUUUGCUUGUAUUGUAAAAUAUGCAGCAGUUCAAAAUGUGUUAGGCUUGGAUCAGUUCUUAUCUGCUUGUAUGCUCGUAUUUUUACAAGGUGUCCUCAAACAAUACUAUAAUUAGCUCAUAUUUUAUAGUUUGUUGUAAUUGCCGAUGUAAUGGGGUUGAGAAGGGAUGUUUUAAAGGAGGGAGUUGCAAUGUUGUUGACUAUGAAAUAGAAUGGUUAUUUUAAGAGACAUCUUGUGCAAUAUUUUUUUCUGUAUGCUCACAUUAAGGGUUAUUUAAAAUAUUUCUUGCAUUGUAUCAAUGUCAUCUCACUUUAUAUUUUAAAAUGUAAUUUGUUUACUAUUGUCACAUUAAUUUCUUAUUUUUAAAUGUUGAAAAACAUUUCAAUAA